GACCAUACCAUAUAUCCUAACACACAACCUCAGACCGACCGACCACAUGAGUAGCAGACUUAAUGACGAAGAAGAUGCCGACACCGUCGUCGGUGGUUCUUCCUACCCUGUAAAACACAAAGGCCUCAAGAAAUCCGACCGCAUCGACGAAAGCUAUGACAGUUAUUCCACUGGCACCCAUCCCAGAAAACUUGAAAGGGCGUCUUUGCAUGACUUCUCCAAAACCGCAGACUAUGCUUUGGAAGAACGUCCGUUUGUCGUACCCAUCGCUAAGGACGGCAUCAUUGCUGCACUAGAGAGAAUUGACAGGCAACUUCGAGACUCCGGGCGAACGGGUCUCUUGUCAAACAAGGUCCCUGUCUCGUGGACCGGUAGGGAAGUUUCUCCAGGUUUCCUUGGUUUAAUCAAUCACGGUGGUCUCCCCAAGAUAUUGACCAAGCCUGGCCGAUACCCUGGAUUCCCCCUCCGUAAUUGGUGGGCCCGUCAAUGGUGCGGUACCAAAGGACUUUCGGACACCGCAAUUCAGUUUCAGGGUUUAACAGUCGUUCAGGUGUCCCAGAACCAAGCGGCCGUCAUCUCUGAUCCUCAAAAUCGCAUUUUUGUGGUUAAAAACUCAGGUUUUGUUGCGUACGCAAUUGAUGGAACAUAUGACGUUCUGGCUAUCGUCGACCAGACCCAUUUAUCUACUUCGAUUAAGGACCCAGUAACAGGCGCUAUCCUUGGCUCGAUUGCCGAAAUCAAGAUGCGGAGUCACAUCGCUUCAGGCAAAGAACAGGAAUACGUUGUGGCAUUAUUCUUGAACAUCCCGGCAAAUAACUGUGCCAUUCUCCAGCGUGGAGACGAUCUUGAGUUACUCCCUGCUGGACAACAUUAUAUAACAAAUCCAAACGUCACACUGCGUGGUUUGUUUACGCUCGGCGAGAAUCAGCUCGAGAUGCCCACAAAGGAUAUUUUCACAAGAGACCAAGUGCCUGUCGGCUUGAGGAUCUAUCUGAAAUGGCAAUUAAUGGAACCCCUGAAGCUCACUACACAUGGCUAUAACACCCCCUAUGAUGCGCUCCGUGACAAAACCCAGUCUAUCCUCACACAGAUUGUCGCCCAUCUUGACUACAGCACUAUGGUGAAGCAGCGCUCUCUUGGACCUGACAACCUCGAAGAUGGCACGGACCCUUCAUCUGCUUUCCUUGACGCUCUUCGUACCAGGGCCAUGGACGAGAUGCACGAGGCCGCACUCGAGUAUGGAAUCAUUUUGAAGGAUCUUGCCGUGAUCGACCGUCAAUUCAAGGGAGAAAUUGCGUCAACCAUGGACAAGCUUACAACAAGGGCGCUACAGGCGCAAGUCGAGGCUGCCAAUGUCGACCGAGAAAACUCGAAUAAAGUCAAACAGGAAGAAGGAGCUCUCGCUGUUGCUCGCAUUAAGGCUCAAAGCCGUAAUGCGCAAGCCGAUUCCGAGGCAUAUAGUGUCAUUGCCGCUGCCAAAGCCCAAGCUGAGCGUACAAAGAUCGAGGCUCUUGCAGAAGCGGAAGCUAUCCGUCUUACCGCUGAGGCCGACGCACAAGCAGUCAGUAUCAGAGCGGCGGCUGAUGCCAAGGUCACCGACCAAUUCGCACGCGGGAUGGAGAUGCGUAGAGUGGAAGUCACGCGUGUCCAAGCGUUUGGCAACAAGACUGUUUUCGUGCCUACAGACGGGACUGGGGUGCAGAUGGGCAACGCAAUGGCAGUGGGCAUGGCUGCCGGAAUGGCCAAUGGCCAUGAGGCUUAAUUGUAACGUUACUUGCAGAGCUUCGAUUUUUUCUCUC